CCCAUAAUGGCUCAAUCAGUUGGUAAUCUUGCUACAUUAACAUCAGAAGCUGAAGGAGUAUUCUUAUCUAAUGGACUUACUGCUGGUGUUAGAUCUGAUGGGAGGAACUGUCAUGAUAGACGACCAAUAUCAAUAACAACUAAUACGAUAAGUGCAGCUAAUGCUAGUGCUACAUUGGAUUGUGAUAAUACCCAUAUCAUCGUUGGUAUCAAAACUGAUAUCACUACAUUACCAUCCGGUGCUGUUAACCGAUGCCGAUUAGUACGUAUAGGUGUGGAAUGCCCUGAGCAACCAGGAGAGGAGGAGCAACAAUUGAACACAGCAUUGGAUGUAUUGAUGUUCAAAGGCUUAGAUGAGACAUGCUUGAUAAUCGAUAACCCUUUUGCAUGGACUAUAUCCAUUGAUAUACUCAUUACUGGUGUAAUACAUCCUUCUAUAGUGGAGUUAUCAUCACUAGCCAUAAUAGCAGCAUUUAAGGGGUUAUGGUUACCUAAAGUAAGUGUAAUACCUCCUUUAGAGGAGGGAGAGAAACCCUCAAUCAAUCUAGAGGAGGAGGAUACUAAUGGACAUGAUAUAACCCCAUUGGUAUCGGCCUUGCCUAUAUGUGUAGUAUCCGGUAUUAAUGGUCCUAGGAUGGUGGUAGAUGUAAGUGCUGCUGAAGCGAAGUCAUGUAGAGGUGUAUUAGCAGUAGGAGUGGAUAGGAAAGGAUGUAUAGUUAGUAUAUGGAAAUGGAAUAUGAUAGUGAGAGAGGAAGCUUCCUGUAUGGGUAUGGACCCUCAUUUACUACCAGAACUAUUAAUCCAUGCUCAAGAAGAGGCAUCACAUCUCUAUGAUGCAUUACAUCGUGCUGGUGGAUUAUUGCAACAUCAGCAAUAGCAACAGUCAAGAAUAGGGCGGCAGUUAGUCGAUA